AGUGUGACUUUGGCGUGCUCGGUGUCAGACGGACAGCUGCCAGCGGACGGACACAGCAGCGUGUGGAAAGUGAAAACAACGGAAAGCCCGUGCAACACAAAGCAGCAAACGAAUGCGGGCAAAUAGAGGCGCAUGUGCACAGAUUCUUCAGCUUCCAUUACCGACAGUCCGAAGAAACGCUCAACAACAGCAACAUCUGCGGCAACAUCUUCACAAGAUUCACCAAUAAUAUUGACAACAGCAUCGUCAUCGUUAACUUCGUCGACUUCGGAGAAGAUCGAGCUACGGGAACCUGAAUCCAUACCGACCGCUGGGCCAGAGUGGUUUGAGAAUAAACGACAGGCGAUUAGCAGCGCACUCGCAGCGAACGAACGCACCACAACAACAAUAACAAUGAUGAUGUCGUCGCCACCGCCGGGAGUACAAAAAGAUGCGGACGGACUCAUACUGCCCAGAAAACUGAUAAAUCCCUGUUUGGAAUCGAAUGAACGGCAGCAGCUGCAUCGAGAGCUGAAAUUCAACACUAAAAUGGGCAAAAGUGUACUAAAUCAGAAAUCCGAACUGCAGCGCGCCUACGAGAAGCAACGCGAACGGCAACAACGCCAACAGCAACAGGAGGAUCUCUCACCCACCGCCGGCCUUAAAGCUGAACUGAAUCGUGUGAUAAUGGAGCGUGCGCAAAAGCACGAACGCCAGGAGGGCGACGAAGACGAGGAGGACAAGCAAUAUGUGAAUCCGGAAUACUUGAAUGCGCGAGCGAAACUGCGCCAGCAACGGGCGAGCGAGCUAAAAUAGAUGGGGGCGAUGGGAGGGAGGGAGUGAAAACCAAAAACAAAAAAAAAACAUACAAACAACAAUACAGCACCCGCGCAUUCAACAACAACAACCACAAAAUAAGAACUUCAACGCCCCCUUCUAUGCUUAACCUAAUAAGUUUGAUUGCAUUACAAAUAAGUUUUCCCAUUUUAUGUUUAUGGAAGUCUACUUUUUGGCGUGCAAAAUUGCAGUGUAGUAUUUGUGUCGAAGUUUGACUUUAGUCGAAAUGUUGUGGGCAACUUUUGUUAUUUUGCGUACAUUUUGAGUUAUCGCACAUCACUUUUUGAAACAACAACACUUUUUAGCUAAAAAUAUUCGUUAAUUCGCUUUAAUAGAAUCUUUAGUGGUAUUUGUUCGAUAUGACCGACCUGCAUACACAGACAUGUUUAUGUUUGAUUGUAUGUGUGUGUCACAUAUCAAUAUUUGUAAAUUAGCUUAAUUUUGUUUUUAUUCUUGUCGCGCUUAAAUGUAACAUUUCUAAUCCAUAAAUUUUAAUUGUUAAAGUGAUGGGGCAGCGGACCCUCAAGAAACAUUUUUAGAACUAAAACACUUUUCUUUUCAAAUUAGAGACAAAUUUCGGGCUUUUAGGCACACAUAAACCGUUAAUCACUUAUAGUGACGGUUUCACUUUUUUUUGUUUUAGUUGUUUUUUUUCAGUAAUUGACGCUAAAUUACAGCUUCUUUGCCUGUGUAUGUGCAUGCUUCUUUGAAUCUCUUCUCCAGCUCUUACGUUGCCACUUCACAGACCCUCAAAAUGUGCUAUCAAUCAUCAGUGUAUCUAAUUAUAUGACGUAUGGUGAAAUUCAAAUGAAGAAAUGAUAUUAUUUUUAUACAUGAAAACCCAUUUAACAUAACUGUAUUUGUAAUAUUAAUUAAUAGCAUAUAAUUGUACUGUAUUAUAUUGUAUUUGUAGUGGAACUCUAACGUAUGAACCCUUUAACAAAACGCCACUCUGUAAGAAACAACAAAACUCAUGACCCUGUGUUAAACCUUUAACUAAAUAUAAAAAACAAAAACAAAAACAUAAACAUAAAAAUAAAAGAAAAAUUAAAUAAGUUAAAUAACGAGAAACUGUUAAAAGAGACUACCUUAACGAUUGUAAUAAUUACUCAUAUUGACUUAACUUACGAGUGUAUAAAGCAAAAAGUGAAAUUAUAACGGUGUAAAACGAUAAAAAAUAACUGUAAAUGUUAAAUGCAAUGGAAAGGUCUGACAAGCGAAACAGGGAGGUAAAAUAUACUAAAUAAAUACAUUAAAACAAAAA